AUGUCUGCUAUUAAGUGGGAUACUUGGAACGAUGAGAUCACUCAACUCUACGUCACUGAAGACAGAUCUGCGGAGGAAACAAUCAAGACUCUGAAUCAGAGACACAAACUAAGGAUCACUAUAAAACAGUUCAAGAAGCGCUAUUCAGGCCUCAAGAAGGUGCGCGCCAACGAAUGGAGAGCCAUUAAACGAGAGAUGCAAAAGCAAAAGGCCGCAGGCAAAGAAUGUCUGAUCUUCCUCAACGGGCGCCAGCUUGACCCUGAGCGGGUUGCUAGAGAACUGCGUCGAUAUAGCGGCAUUCGCGGUCGAGAUGUGGAGGAUGGUGGUGUCCCAAUUGGAGACUUGCUCCUGACGCGUUUUCUCCUUGAACGUGGCGCGGAUGUUAACUUUGCUGCUCAUGAGGAUGGAGGACGUACGGCACUGCAGAGUGCUGUCGAAUGUGGUGCAACUUCAGUUGCAGGUUGUCUGCUCAGUGUCGGAGCAGACAUAAAGGCCGCUCCGGCGAAGAGGAACGGAGUCACCGUGCUAGAAGCUUUCGCAAAGUCUAACAAGGAUGCCUACUACCCGAGAUUAGCAGCCAGAGCUUCGUCCAUCGACCCGGAGUACCAAAGAGAUCAAGUUUCAAAAUUAGGAGAUUUUCGAAAUUGGGUGGCCAUGGGCGCGCCCAUCAAUCGCCUGAAGGGCGAUGACAGUAGCUUACUGCACCACUUGGUAUAUAAUUUCCAUUACGAAUGCCUGCAGUCAGCAUUGGAACUAGGCGCACGAACAGAAGCCAGGUGGCACGUGGAUAAGAACAUUAGUGUGUUUCAGCAUGAGCUUGAGCAUGAAACUUCAAAGGGCAUGAAGACUCCGCUUCAACUUGCUGCAUACUUGGACGAAGUUGAAGCUGCUCGCUUGCUACUCGAGUAUGGAGCCGAUAUCAAUGCCCACCCGAGCGACGAGUACGGCAGAACUGCGUUACAGGCAGCGACGUGUAACUUCAGAGAACAGUGUGGACAUGAAAUGCUGCAACUUCUGCUUUCCUUCAACCAGGACAUCAACGCACCACCAGCAUAUCAAGGAGGCCUCACAGCCCUACAGGGUGCAGCAAUAAGCGGCGAUUUAGUUGUUGCCAGGAUGCUGCUCGAGCGAGGUGCAGAUAUCAACGCUUCUGCCGCAGCGGAGGACGGGAGGACGGCGAUCGAUGGAGCUGCUGAACACGGCCGGUUGGAGAUGGUGGAAUUCUUGCUCGAGAAUGACGCGAAAGGAGACCCAAAGACCGGGUUCUCCAGGGCCAUUGAACUCGCGGAAGCGGAGGUUCAUUUUGGAAUUGCGAAAGUCCUACGAGAACACGUUGCCACGUUGGCGCUUCGAGAUUUUGAUCUGGUACGUGGAGUGAAUAACGACCUCGUCGGACCUCUGCCGUCUCCGGGGUUCGUCUUCUCAGACGAGGCCAUUGUGGAUUUCAACUUUGAGAUGCCGAGUUGA